AACACAUGUCAGAUCUAUAUGAUGAAGAGAUCGUUUUUUCAUUUUCGAAGUAGUUUCAGAUUGUUUGCAGAUCGCCGUUCUAUGUCUAUAGAAGCAGUAGAUAAGCAGACGCACCAUUCAGAUACACGUUGCCAUGGGCAUGCGUAUACAGGCAAAAUUCAAUGUAGUAGUAGCAGCAAUUAUUUGUACAUAUCGCGGAAACUAAGGCCGAGCAGCGGUUAUAUGUAUAGGAAAAUCUUUCUCGGAAUGUUGAAUUUUACAACAAAUUUAAAUAUCAUCAAAAUCGGCAGUGCAGCCUUGCUUAUGAACAUUUACAGAAUAUCAUUGUAUGUUAAAAAGCUGCAAAUUUUUCUGAUUUAUUUGCGUAAGCAACACCAUACGUCAUUCUUCAUUUUAUAA